AGCAAUUUUACGAUCAAUGUCGUUAACAAGUUCACAAUUAAAAUUACUUAAGACCAGGAAAAGCAGAGUAACUUAAGUAAAUAAAAUUAGAAUUAGUACCGUCUAACCACAGCAACUAUUUGAGAUUGUUUGCAAUGUGAUUCGCUUAAACAAGCAACCAAUAUACUGAUAUACCAAUAUUUAAAUCACUCACCCAAGUUCAUGUUUGGUUUGAAAUUUAAGAGACACUAACAUUCCGGUUUUUACACUUGAAUAUUUGAAAUUUAGUCUGUGACUAGUGACUACGCAGCGAUAUACUUUUGUUGAUAGUCAAAAACUGAACCACGGACCAGUGUCUUACCUAGUGUCGUUUUUACGUUUUUAGAUGAUAAGUUAAGCUAAGGAAACAUAACAUAUACUCCAUAAAUACUAGAUGAUAAAUAUUGAAAGAAACGAGAUUAAUUAUACAACAGAAAUUAUUAGGUAUAAGCAUCAGUGUAACUACAAUAAUACAAACCUCAUACUAACAUUAGAAGCAACUACUCAAUAUCUUCAUCGUUGUCAUUGUCAUAAUAAUCACCAACGGUUACAGCAACGGCAACAAUUAUAAUGGGCAGUAUACAUAACACCAGAAUUUUACGUUUUUUAUUAGUUUUAUGCGCUGUGGUUCUAACAAUUUUCAUAUAUGCCUCAUACUCAUCGAAUACUUCAUUAUCGCCGGCGCACAUGCGCGUAGCUGGUUCACCAUCAGCAAUGUCAGCAUCGGCGGCACUGUCAUCAUCAGUAGGUAAUAUAGAACAGACCAAUACAAAUAGCAAUAUCAACCAACAACAACAACAACAACAACAACAACAAUCUUAUGUGGCAGCAUUAAUAAAAAAUUAUAAUAAAAGUAACGAAGCAAACUUUUAUGCCGAAAACAAAAGUCCAAAUAAAUAUAAAUUAAACGGAAGUAAUGGGAGUAAUGGUUACAGUCACAAUUCAAUACAAACAAAUGGUAAUGAUAAACAUUACAAAAAAGAUAACCAAAUCUCCGCUGCGGCAGUAGCAGCCGCGGCUGGAGCAUCGCCAUAUAUCUUCAAGAAACAACAUUACCGUGAGCCAACAAUUGAUGAAGAUGCUGGUGGCGGUGGAGGUGGUGGUGGUAGUGCUUCUGCUGCAGCUGCAGAUGGCAGCGGUAUUGAGCGGUCGGUUGAUGUUAAAGCAGCUAUGAAUAGUUUAGAUGCUGCAGUGCCAGAUGAAACAGCUUUAGAACGUUUUGCAAAUAAUGAAUUGUUGGACGAACAGCAAUAUGGCCAAAAUAUUGAUAAUACGCUGGGCAAUAUAAAUAACUUGAGCGUUGUUAGCAUUGUACAAACUCAAAAACAGUUGCAACAACAACAACAACAACUAAUACAACAACAACAGCAAGACGGAAAAGAACAAGAUCAACAACAACAUAUACAAAUAGUCGAUAAUAAUUUCAACAAAAUACUAGACUCAGAUGUGUUAAUACCCACAUCGAAUCUACAAAAAUUUAUUGAGAAUGCAGAUAAAAUAUUGAAAAAUAUCACAGCGAUACCACCAGCAGCCCCAGUACCGGUAGUUGCUACAGCAACAGCUACUGCAUCAGUAUCCGCUUCAGUAUCAGCACCUGCCAUAGGUGCACCAGUCACAUUAAUAAAAUCAACGGAUAAAAGUUCUGUCAAAUCAAAAGUUCUAGAAAAGAAGUCAUCACAACAAUCUCCCAGUGUCAUUGUAAAAACAAACCCCAGUGAAGAAAACAAAUCUAAAAAUGUAGCUGAUGCAAAUGAUAAUAGUGAGGCACUUCCACCGUCUGUUGUCAUGGCUAUAAAACGUACCGGGGCCGUCCCAGAAUCAGCUGUUGCCAUAACUACAAAGACAAAUGCAGUUACAAAUAACAAGUCAAAAAUAUCACCAAAAACAAAUUCAACUACAGUCAGAGCAGCUGUCGAUCCUACUCAAGGCAUACCAACUGAACAAAUAUACGAGCACGGCCAUAUAAACGAAGAAAUUGAUAUUGAAAAGAUUUGCCCGAAUGGGGGCGCUGACUUAAAACUACUAAUACUCAUAACGUCCGCACAAGGGCAUGCCGAGGCACGUUUGGCUAUUCGUCAAACAUGGGGACACUAUGGAACAAGGCGUGAUGUAUCGAUUGCUUUUAUGCUCGGAAGCAAUACGAACGAAACUCUCAACUUAGCUUUAACUCAUGAGAAUUUUAUAUAUGGCGAUUUAAUACGCGGUCAUUUUGUAGAUUCAUAUAACAAUUUAACUUUGAAAACCAUUUCUGCUUUGGAAUGGGUGGAUGAACAUUGUUCCCGUGCCAAAUAUUUGCUUAAAACCGAUGAUGACAUGUUUAUAAAUGUACCGAAGUUAUUAGCAUUUCUUGAUGGUCAUUCAAAGGAGAAACGUGUUAUUUAUGGACGUUUGGCAAAAAAAUGGAAACCCAUACGGAAUAAGAAGUCAAAAUAUUAUGUUUCGACGGGGCAAUUUGGUGCACCUGUCUUUCCGCCGUUUAAUACGGGUCCUGCCUAUGUGAUGACAACUGAUAUCGUCCAUGAAUUAUAUACACGUUCAUUACAUCAGGUUUAUCUAAAACUUGAAGAUGUAUUUACGACAGGAAUUGUGGCGCAGCAAUUGGGUAUUAAGCGCGUGCAUGUGAAUGAGUUCCUUAAUAGGCGCAUCGCAUUCAAUCCAUGCAAUAUACGUAAAUCAAUCAGUGUACACAUGAUCAAGGCCAAUGAACAAUUUGAUUUGUGGAAGAAACUACUGGACCAGACAACCAAGUGUAAAUAGUAUUUUAGGUUUAUACAUUAAAUUUUAAUUUUUAGUUUAAGUAUUAAAAGUUUUAAAUUUUAU